GGGAAGCUCCACUUUCUGGACUUUGGACGGCUUUGGGUCAUUGCUUGACUUGGGCUUUUCCAAAGACGACUCCAACUCUCCAACUUUCAUCAGGAUACGUCUCUCUAAAUGCAUCCCUUUUUCUAUGGAGCCUCUCCACCCAAUAACCAAAGCCAAACAAAAAUCUCUCCGUUGCACAAAUUGUCUCAACGUCAGGUACCAAAUGGAGCCUUUCCUAUUGCUCGUUCUUCUCGUAAUACAAGCUGGGAUUAGUUGCCAUGCCCACAACAAUCACCUGUGUGCCCCUUCGGCAUGCGGCAAGGUCCGUAACUUAAGCUAUCCCUUUCGAUUGAAGGGCCAGUCGAAAGGUUGCGGUGACUUGAGGUUCGAGCUAGCAUAUGAAGAUAACCGCACGUUACUAUCUUUGUGCGAUGGCCGAUAUCGUGUGCAAAGGAUAAACCCCCCCAGCAAUUAUGGGGGUUUAAUUACUGGUUAUAUGGAAGUGGUCGAUGUCGGGCUGCAAAAGAGCAACUGUUCCUCCCUUCCUCUCCACCAGUUAAUGCCCUCUAAUUUCAGUGUUGAAGAAGAUGAACGGUAUUCCAUACGCGAUGGAACCAGGGUGACCUUUGUGUCUUGCUCAAAGCAAGUGAGAUCUCCUUUGUAUAUCGACACCCAACCAUGUAUAACUGUAAACGGUUCAUACGCUGUCAUCAAUGCGAUGGCAUCGGAUAUUGAGGAGUUUUGCACCAUAACCAUGUCGAUACUUGCAGCAGAAUAUUUACAGGAGAAAAGAGCAGCAUUGUCCAGGCAGAAUCGUACGAUCUCCUACAACUACAUACACAAUGCGAUGGCCGACGGGUUUAAUCUCUCCUACUGGGUGUGGCCGCAGAGCAAAACAUUUCACUUUUGCUUCUUAGCCUUUCAAUGCCGAGGGCAAAACCGCAAAUCAGUCUACUACUACAAUUCUUCUUGGGGUAGGGCGCUAAAGGAUGCAAUGAAUAUAGUUCAUAUUGCCGGCUUUGUCCUCGCUCACUUCCUAGCAGCAAAAUUCAUAUUCGGAGGUCCAUGUGUGUUGAUACUUUUAAUCAAUAAGUGGAUGAAAAGGCACCAAGCAAUGGAUGCAAACAUUGAAGAAUUUCUACGAGCCCACAACAACUUUUUGCCCAUCAAGUACUCUUACUCAGAUAUCAAAAAGAUCACAAAAAAUUUCAAGCACAAGUUAGGUGAAGGGGGAUAUGGUUCUGUGUACAAAGGAAUGCUUAGAAGUGGCAAUGAAGUUGCGGUUAAGAUUUUGAACAAACCAAAGUCUAACGGCCAAGAUUUUAUCAACGAAGUGGCCACAAUUGGAAGGAUCCACCACGUUAAUGUGGUGCAACUAGUUGGUUUUUGCUUUGAUUACUCCAAACAAGCUCUUGUCUAUGAUUUCAUGCCGAAUGGAUCUCUGGAUAAGCACAUUUUCUUUAAGGCUGGUGAUAAUUCUCUUGAUUAUAAGAAAAUGUAUGAGAUCUCUCUUGGCAUAGCUUGGGGGAUAGAGUAUCUACAUCGGGGAUGUGAUAUGCAAAUUCUACAUUUUGACAUCAAGCCUCACAAUAUUCUCCUAGACCUGAGUUUCACUCCAAAAAUUUCUGACUUUGGACUUGCAAGACUUUAUCCCGCUGAUCAUAGCGUAGUAUCCUUAACUGCAGCAAGAGGAACAUUAGGAUAUAUGGCGCCUGAGCUAUUCUAUAAGGACAUUGGUGGUGUUUCUCAUAAAGCUGAUGUUUAUAGUUUUGGGAUGAUGUUGAUGGAAAUGGCCGGUAGAAGGAGAAAUGUAAAUACAAAUGCAGAGGAUUCCAGUCAAAUUUAUUUUCCUUUGUGGGUUUAUGAUCAACUCGGCAAAGAAAAGGAGGUUGAAAUCAUAGAUGAGAUAGAAGAGGAAAGAGAGACAACAAGGAAGAUGAUAAUUGUUGCUCUUUGGUGUAUACAAUUGAGCCCUAAUGAUCGACCGUCAAUGAGCCGGGUCCUUAAUAUGCUAGAAGGAGAGAUCGAAAACCUACAACUUCCCCCGAAGCCACUUUUGUAUCCGAUUGAGAUGCCGAUUGCUGAUGUGGAGACUGGGAUUGAACCUGAAUCUUCUCCAAGUGUUCCAACAAUUUCUAGUAGUUACCGGUAUGAGCACAAUAACAAGAGUGCGGAAUCUUGUUUUGUGUGAUGUUUUCCAUAUUGUAGAAAUUGAAAUCAAAAUAAAAGUAGUACUAUACUUGUACUUGAUUUUAGUGAUAUAAUCCUUGUGGCUAUUUAUUGGUACCCACUUUU